AUGUACCAUUCGUUCGGCUUCGAGUCCGUCAAGCGUAAUAACCUGGCGUACCUCGCAGACGACGUGAUCAUCUUCACCGUCGGCAACAUGACCCAGAUCCUCAACCUGGAAACCCAGGAGCAGACCUACCUUCAUGGUAUCGACGGGCGUGGUGUUGGCAUGGUCAUGGUGCACCCCACCAGGGAAUACUUCGCGGUGGGAGAGAAGGGCACAAACCCCAACGUGUACAUGUACGAGUACCCGUCGCUGCGUCUGGUGCGCGUCCUGAGCGGCGGCACCGAGGAGGUUUAUUCGUGCGGCAGGUUUAGCCCGGACGGCUCCAAGCUCGCCACUGUCGGCAACUACCCCGACUUCAUGAUCACCAUCUGGGACUGGGACAAGGAGAGCAUCGUGCUCCGCAGCAAGGCGUUCUCGCAGGAGGUUUACGACGUUUCGUUCUCUCCCACGUUCCCAGGGUACAUCUACACGUCGGGUACCGGUCACAUUCGGUUCUGGAAGAUGGCCAGCACCUUCACAGGUCUCAAGCUUCAGGGAGACAUCGGCAGGUUUGGCAACGUCGACCUCUCCGAUAUCUCUGGCUAUGCAGAGCUCCCCGACGGUAAGGUCAUCUCCGGCACCGAGACGGGCACGCUCCUCAUAUGGGACGGCGGUCUGAUCCGUGCCGUGCUCGUGAGACCGGACGGCGAGGGCGGUGCGUUCAAGCCGUGCCACGAAGGCAUGAUCGAGGUUGUGCGUUUUGACAACGCGACAAAGACAAUCUCCACCACCGGCGCUGACGGGCACAUGAGGUGGUGGGACUACGCCACAGUGCGCGAUGCGGAACCCGAGGAUGACCGCAUCGAGGUUCUCAUCGAGCCGGUCAAAGAAGCUGCCAUUGGGGACGGCGCCGGCGGGCUCUGUAGCGUCAAGAGCAUCAUCACCACGGAGCCCGACCACUGGCUGGUGCAGGACGCAAACGGCGGCAUCGUGCGCGUUGCCAUCGGGGAGGGUGGCGAACUCGGCGAGUCUCGCCAGCUCACCAGCUUCCACGGCGGCUGCAUCAACGGCAUGGACAUCUCCGCCGUGAGCGAUCACGCCGUCACCGCGGGCUCGGACGGCACGGUUCGGCUCUGGGCGUACGCGGAGAGGCGCGAGGUGUACCGCUCAAAAUUUUGCGCGGGGGCGACGUUUGUCCAGAUGGCGCCUGCGUACGUGGACGGAUCCCAACGAACCGUCAUCGCCGGUUUCGACGACGGCGUGGUUCGCAUCCUGCUCAGGUGUUCCGACGGGUUCAAGAUCGUGGACUGCUUCAAGCCCCACAACAAGAGGGUGACGGUGGCGAAGUUUUCCCCCGACGGGAGCGUCCUCGCCACCGGCUCAGCCGACGGGACAGUUUUCUUCCUCGCCGCCAAGUACCCCAAGAGCCCUCCCAAGACUCCCAAGCUUCCGGGCGUGACCCUCGCGCCCAUCGGUUUCGCCAAGGCCCCCGGCGGCGUCUCCGCGCUUCAGUGGCACGAGAACAUGAAGGAACCUAAGCUCCUGGUUGGAUGCGAGACGGGGCACGCGUUUGAGAUGAAGGCGCCCAACUGGAAACCCGGCCAGCCCGACUCUGUGGACUCGACCAUCACCUUCGAGUUCGAGGCCACCGCCACGCACUACACGUUUAACCGACCGCGACCCACCGCCAUGUCCAUCGUUGAGUCAAAGUACCCGCCCGUGGGCGACGAGCGCGACGCCGCGGAUGCGGCGGAGAAGGCUGCAAUCAUCGAGCAGAAGCGGGUGAUGGCGCUCGAGGCUGAGCAGCUCCAGAAGGAACUCGACGAGGCCGAGAGGAUCGCGGUGUACCCUGUGAAGCACAUCGGGUACGUGCCGUUCUCCGGCGGUAACUUCGAGCUGGCGCUCGGCGGCGAGGCUGCUGGUAAGAUCUGGGAGUGCCAGUUUGGCGCCAAGGAUCCGAUGCGGGGGACCAAGACGAGGCAGUCUGCUCUCACGGUCACCCGCGCCAGCGUCAGCGGAAAGCUCAGCGUGCAGGCGUUCGAGGAUGGCACCGUGCGCGUGGCUCCCUCGAGGGGUAAGUCGUACUGGGUUGGGGCCGUCCACGACGGCAUAUACGGCUCGGUCACGGGCGCGGCUGUCACCAGGGACGAUUCGUUCCUCCUCUCCACGUCCAGCGACGGCUCCUUCUUCGUCCAGAAGAUUGGAGCCGGCUUGUUGACCGAGAGGGUCCCCGCGACCGACGCCGAGGAGGUGACCUCGGUCGCCGAGGACCCCACCCCAGCCGUCGAGGACAUAACCGACCCGACCAAGUACUCGUUCGAGGAGGAGAAGAUCAAGCUCGCCGAGGACAUCGCCCGCGCGGCUGCGGAGGAGGCCAAGCUCGGCGUGAGGGGCUACAUCAACAAGCUCCGGGACGAGUUCCAGGCUCUCCUCGCUGAGAACGAGGCGAGGCCGCCGCACGAGCGCCUGCCCCGC